AUGGCUUCCCACCAGGAUGAAGGGGACACCAAGGGAGCAUCCCCGACCCCGGCCCCGACGCUGUACAUACUUCACCAACACACGUAUAUCGAAUCAACGCCGGCUAAAAGGCAAAUGGGAGAAAAGAACCAUGAAGGAAGAACCUGGCCCUUUGGUCAUGGAGGUCACGGGAAUCAGAAUCCGAGGUUGAAUCCACGAAACGGAGCAUCAGAUGGUGGUUGGGAGGGAGACAAUGGAGGAAAUCAGGAUCACAACGGCGGCAACACUGGGACGACAGCCACAUACAGACCAGCACCGACUGCUCAGCAGACUACGAAUCCCACUGCAAACGGUCCCAACACAACACAAAGACAACAGACAAACUAUCCGACACAGGCUCCAGCACCAGGGCAACCAACAUAUGCUCAAGGGGACAAUGGCGGACAAAGAACACAACCGACUCAACCUGACCGAGGGCAACCAGCUCAUACGACUAUCUCGGAUUCAACUCGUUCCAUGACUGUCGUCCUGGGCGAAACGACGUUUGCAACCAGGUACACCGACUAUGACACAUUGGCAAUCGACACGCAUGCCCCUACUUUCUCAUCAGGGCCUCUGCCGACAUCAGGCGCCGGAAGUUACAACAACAACAACUUGAACUCGGCCUCAAAUUACCAACAAGGCGGAGGCGCAAACGGAACGGCCAAUUACCAGAGUGCAGAUGGUGGGCUUGGAGGUGGUACUAUAGCCGGUAUCAUCGUCGGCGUUGUCCUCGUGCUCGUCAUCUCCCUCGUAGCCCUCUUCUUCCAUCGAAAACGCGCGCUCGCGCGCCGCGGCAACAACUCUCCCUACGGGAAACACCAUCCAGAAGAAGCCAGCAGCUCUCUGCUCGAUAAUGGACUAGCCGCCACCGUUGGCGCCGGUGCUGCCGCUGUAGGAGCCAGGUCUGGUGGAGGACAUAGACAUGGACAAGCUGAAGACGCUUCCUCCUCGGCUGCGGCCGCCUUGCGCAACACACCUGCCGCUCAACAACAACAAUCACCGUCAAUGCAGCAGACAAACAACAACUCACAAUAUCUCGUCCCAGCAUCAUCAUCAUCACCAUCCAGAACAGCACCUUACACUGCUCCUCGCCCUGCGCCUCCUCCACCGCCGUCCUCCUCACAUUCCAGCAACUUCAGCUUAUCCAUGAUAACCCCUCCGCCCACGCACAUCAGCUCAGCAUUUGCUCCUGGCGCCGUCUCGCCUAUUUCUACCGUCUCGCCAGCGGUAAUGGGACCACCAUCACCUUUAUUGUCAGAUGAAGAAAAGGAGAUCGGUACCCUCGGUCAUCGUCGGCCCAGCAUCGAAAGCGUCAGCACCUUUAGCGUGCACAGCGCCAUGAUGACGGCGUCGCAGAUCAACUGGCCCAUGCCCCCGAGCGUGGCGAGCACGAGCAGUCCGAGUGUGCCGCUGACCAAGACGCCGAGCAGGCCGGUGCCGGUGCCGGCGCCGCAUUAUGUCGACUUUGAGGAGCAGGGGAGGACGGUGGUGAGGAUUAAUCGGGAGAGUUUGACGGGGGGGAUUGGGAAGGCGAGAUGA